ACGCACUUCCCGGAAGCGCAGUGGGGACACAGGCCCCGUCGCCGGAGUGGUGCAGAGUUACUAAGAAUAAAGGUGUGUUUGUGUGUCACGUUCAUGGGGCUGUUGAGACGUUGACACACAUGGAGCGUCAGGAAGAGAAGCCCAUCAUCUACACCAUGGAGAACAAGCCCAUUGUCACCUGUGCCGGUGAUCAGGGCUUGUUUACAUCUCUUUACACAUCACUGGCCCAACAACUUCCCCGGGAGCCAAUGGAAUGGAGGAGGACGUAUGGAAGAGCACCAAAAAUGAUCCACCUUGAAGCUAAUUUUGUCCAGUUUAAAGAGGAGCUUCUCCCUAAGGAGGGUAACAAGGCUCUGCUCACCUUCCCCUUCCUGCACAUCUACUGGACUGACUGCUGUGAUACAGAGACGUACAAAAGCUCUGUGAAAGAGGACAUGAUUCGCUGGCAGAACAGCCUCCGGGCUCACGGCUCGGCCGACUGGGUCAUUAUUGUUGUGGAGACCAAUGACACCAAGAAGAAGAACAAGACUAACAUUCUGCCUCGGUCAUCCAUUGUAGACAAGAUCCGCAGUGAUUUCUGCAACAAGCAGAAUGACAGGUGUGUGGUCCUGUUGGAUCCUCUGAAGGAUUCUUCUAGAUCUCAGGAAUCCUGGAACUCCUUACUGCUCAAGCUUCGAACUCUCCUCCUCAUGUCCUUCACCAAGAACUUGGGCCGCUUCGAGGAUGACAUGCGCACGCUGCGAGAAAAACGCACUCAGCCUGGCUGGAGCUUCUGCGAAUACUUCAUGGUCCAAGAGGAGCUGGCCUUUGUUUUUGAGAUGCUGCAGCAGUUUGAAGAUGCUUUGGUCCAGUAUGACGAACUCGAUGCUCUUUUCACUCAGUACGUCCUGAACUUUGGAGCUGGAGAUACCGCCAACUGGCUGGGUUCCUUCUGCGCUCCAGUGCGCAGCUGGAGCGGUUUGCUGCUCCGGCGACCUAUCGACAUGGAGAAGAGGGACGGGAUCCAGCGUGGUGAGGCCAGCCUGCUGGAUCUGAGGAGCUACCUGUUCUCCCGUCAGUGUACGCUGCUCAUCUUCCUCCAGAGGCCUUGGGAGGUGACGCAGAGAGCCCUGGAGCUGCUCCACAACUGUGUCCAGGAGCUGCGCCUGCUGGAGGUGUCUGUCCUUGAGGGGGCGCUGGACUGCUGGGUGUUCCUCAGCUGCUUGGAGGUUCUCCACAGAAUCGAGGGCUGCUGUGAUCAGGCUCAGCUGGCUGCAAACUGCUCUCAUACUGUCGGUCUGUGGGCCUACGCCACUGACAAGCUGAAGUCUCUGGGGGACCUCUGUGGCCUUGUCUCAGAAAAAGGACCAACAUCUGAGGACCUGAACAGGACAGUGGAUCUGUUAGCUGGGUUGGGGGAUGAGAGACCAGAGACUGUCAACAGUUUGCAGAGUCCUUACAAGAAGCUAAAGGAAGCUCUGUCGUCUGUGGAGGCCUUCGAGCGCCACUAUCUUGAGCUGUGUCACGCUGCCAUGGAGAUGUACAGAGCCAUCGGCCGGCUCAGGUCUGCCAGACUGGUUGGGAAAAGCUUGGCUGAGUUCUACAUGAGGAAGGGUGAGCCUGAGAGGGCAGAAUCCUUCCUGCAAGAAGCUCUGAAGUCAUAUGUAUCGGAGGGGUGGAGCCUGCCUGUCACUCACACCAGGAAACAGAUCGCAGAGUGCCAGAAACUGUUGGGCCGGACUGAAGAUUACCUGCAGACCAGUGCCUUGUUGGCUGGUGACAUGAAUCUGACCACAGAUGACAGGAAACACUUUUGUCAAGAAAUCCUCGUUUUUGCCGGCAAGUCGGUCGACAACAACCAGAAGGUGACUCUGAGCAUGGCGGUUUUUGCUCACCUGACACGCCUGCGGUUCCAUCCACCCACAGCCUCCGUGCACUCUGGCGCCGCCCUCCAGGUGGACCUCACUCUGCGAUGUUUGAUGCCUGUGGCUGUGCACAUCCAGCAGCUAGCUGCUAGCAUACACUUUGACCAGGAGCAGACAGGGACUCUUGGAAGGUCAAAGAUCACUCAGAGACAUCCUGGGACGAUAGACUUCAGCCAGGUCAACUCGUUAGCGGGUUCUUUCUCCUCCUCGGCUUCUGGUCCUGCUUUAGACCUGGAUGAGAUUCUGGACAGGAGUCCUUCGGACAAUUCUCUCAACUCUGCAGGAGUCGUGUGCAGAAACACUCACCUGUUCGUGCUUCGCCAGAGCAACGUCUCGCCGCCAGACACCCCCAACUGCUUGAUUCCUCCCGCCAUCGUCAUGAAGGAAGGACCGCGGAUGCUGAAGGUGCACGACGUGACGUUAGAGCCCGGGAAUAACAGCGUCACCUUUACGGCACCCAGUGCUGAUCCAGGAACUUACACGCUGCGCCAGCUGUGCGCCACAGUGGGUCAAGUGCAGUUUGUGCUGCCGCACAUCUACCCCUUGGUGCACUACGAAGUCUACUCUCAGGAGCCCCAGCUGAGUGUGGAACCUCUCUCAGAGCCGCUGCUGGCUGGUUUGCCGCAGGUGGUGAAGUUCACUCUGCUGACGGGACGCUACGUCAUGAAGAAGGGGGACGCCCUGCAGCUCAGCAACACAGACACCAUGCCCAUCCUGCCUUCCGCCAGCUGCAUGGCCUGCAUCCGCAACCCUGCUGCUGAGGUGGUGGGGGAAAGUCUUCUGUCCAUCCAGUCAUCUGAGAAAGUGACCAGCAUCAGUCUGCCUGCCACCCCUCCCUACCACACCUUAGAGUUCCACCUGGAGGUUCUCUGCAUCAUCCCGUCCGGACCUGACAGACCCGUCAGUGAGCGGUUAACUAACGGGGAAGUCCGCCACCGACCACGUAGCUACAGUCACCCAAACACCCCCAUGACCGCCAUGGACCAGAGGAUGUCCAUUGACUGUCCGUGGUCCAUCUAUUCCACGCUGCUGACGCUCACCUUCUACAUCCCCUUCAAGACCAAACACUCACUGCUUUCUGCUGGCAACAGGAAGUACAUCCAGGUGUGUGUGCAGAAUGUGUCUGACAUCAGCUUCACGUUAGCGGACAUACAGCUGACAGAGAAACGACAGGCUUUGCUGCAGCUCCAGUCUCUCAACACGAAGACGCAGCAGCCAUUGUGCAGUAAGCACAGUGUGUUUUGCCUGUGGGAGGUGAGGUGGGAGGAGGAGCUCCCCUCCUCUCUCCACUGCGUCUUCUCUGCUCACUUCUCUCCCACCAACCAGGACAUCUCGGCCUUGAAACCUUUUCACUACCAGUUCCAGCUGGACCGAGUUGCUACGCUGUACAGCGUGAGAGCAGAGAUCCUGCCUCCUGCUGGGGAGCAGCACUGUCGCUCUGGCUCCCUCUGCAGGCUGGAGGUGUGCAUUACACGGCUGACGGAGGCUACAGAGGGAGAGAUCGGGGAGGAGAGCCGAACUGAGAGCGACGGUCUCAGAACCACCAAGCUCAUGUAUGAAGUGGCUGACAGCAGCAGUAACUGGGCAGUGUGCGGGAAGAGUUCGGGAAUGGUGUCCAUGCCGCUAACCACCAGCGCCACUCACAAGCUGCAGAUCGAGGUCAUGCCUCUGUUCGCCGGCCAUCUGCCCUUCCCCAAAAUCAAAGUGCUGAAGUACCUGCCUCACAGCACAACGCUGCCCCUGCAGCCCGACCCUGACAGCUGUGUGGAGAAUGACAGCUUGUCCCUGCUGGACAAGAACCUGGACGAGCAGGUGGACACGGCCAGCAUCGGCAGCCGGAGCAGCGCCCACUCUGCCAGCAGUGGCGAACACCUGCAGCACAAAGUUCUCGCCAUGCCGCGACUGGAACCCUUCAGCCCCGGCCAGGUUUUUAACCACACCCACGCCCGGCAGGUCUUAGUGCUGCCCACCACGGACGACCACAUCAUGGAGGUCAACGCCACAUGACCCCUGUGGUUAAAGCGCUCGCCACCGCUUCGUGGACACCAGCAACGCCAAAGUCCUCCCGUACACCUGCACCCAGAUCCCGGACGGACUCUGCUGGACUUUGGCUCCGUGGAUCAUUGGGUUUUCAGGUUUGUGUCAAAGGCCUCGGCGGGAUGCCGGCGUGGACUCUGUCAUCACUUCCCCUCGACACAUGAACCAUCACGGAAGAGACAAUGAAGAGCCGACGAUGUCCGCUGAUGAGUUAAGAUUUCCUCGCCAUAAUUUGUACAAAGCUCCGUGAAGGGAUUUAUAGUGAAAUAUGAUUCUAUCUGUCCAGACUCCCGAGUGUCCAGCUGUGCACCAAAGUCCUGCACAUGCCCACAUCUGUGCCUCUGUCACCUCAUUCUGACCUCGGAGACCUUUGACCUGCUUCAGUGUCGGGUUUGUUGUUGGUCUGAACAACGCGUUUAUUUCUUUCUGCUUUUGCAUCUUGAUGACUUUUAAUUAACACUGAAAUAAAGCUGCUGUUUUUGCCAAAAGUCGAAGAGCAGCAACAUUUGGGGAAAACCCGUCUGGACGUCACAAACACAGUCCCGCAACCCCCCCCCCCCCCCCACCCUGCUGCUUUAAAAAAAAAAAAAAAAAAAACUUUUUGAAUAAUGUUCAAAGUUUUUGUGACGGUGGGUUCAAUUAGAUUAGGAACAGACUAAAACUCUACACUGAAAUCAAGAUUUUAAAAAAAGUUGUGGGGGGGGACAUGAAUCUCAAGAUUUAAAAAAAAAAAAAAAAAAGCUAUAAUGUGCAGAAUUUCUUCAAGGUGCUUCUUUGAAAACAAACAAUUAAAUUUUGUGUGGGUGGGUUAGGUUUGAAACAGACAAAAACUCUACACUGAAAUAAAGAAAGCAUUAAAAAAGACCAAAUUGACAGUUUAUAGAAUUAAAACUCUACUUUUUGUUAUUGUUGCUGCCACUAGGGGGCAGACACAAGGAAAGAUUGCAUUUCAAUUCAAUUUCAGUUGAAUUAAAAUGCAUUUCUCAAUGUGAGUGCUUUAAAUGUCCGUAAUCUUAUUUUUGGUAAUGAAUGAGUGAACUACGUUAAUCAGCCGAGCAGCACUCGUAGGUCCACCCACAACUUAUAGUUACGUGAAAACCCUGAUUGAUUCUGAUGAUGAGUCUGAUAAGGUGAUUAAAAAUGUUCCAACCCCGACCCAGCUUUGGAAAUCUGAUUACAUCCUGACCACCCGGGAGCCGAAGCCAAACCACUCUGGAGCGAAAGUGAACCAAAACGCAACUUACGAAGCUGCUUUUUCUGGCUGUCUUUCUAAAAUGUGACCUUAUAGAAUGUGGAGUUCACAAACGGCUGCGUCUUUAAAAUUCUGUGUUUCAAAUAAUCACUGACACUCUGCCUCGGGCCAUUCUGUCAACAACUCUGAUUUUGUUGUUGUAACAUCAAAGUCACACUGUGGCUCUUAAAUGAUAUUUAACUUCUUGAUGACAUCAGAAAGAAAACUUUAAUUUCCCAUUGUCAUUAAAAGAAAAAGUUGGUCUUUGAGGUGAAGGUGACGAGAGGCACAAACGGCCGUGCGCAUACUGUGCAUGUGAGUGUACUUUGGUGAGUCUGGUGUCUUGCAUAUCAGUGUACUGUGUGUUUAUUUAUUCUGAGUGUCUGUGUGCGUUGACAAAUCUGCGUCUGAGCUAUGCACACAUACGCUUUGAGUAGCUGAAUGAAAACACUCGUUGAAUUUGAAAGAAUGACUCUACACUGUAAUUACAGCCUCCUGCUCCUCUUUGAACACUGUACAUACCUAUAUGUAAAUAAUGAUUCAAAGCAAAGUCAUUGAUUGCCAACUAUAUAAAAAAAAAUCAACUGA